AUGAAGAAAUAUCAUCAGCUAUUUUUACUAAUUGUGUCAGUCCUAAGCAUUUCCUUAUUUUUGAUAUACCGACGUGAAUACAAUCGCUUACAUUAUGUCCUGGAAGUAUUUAACUUCUUUGGACAGCCAUGCAACCUCACAGAUCUUAAAGAUGAUGCUUUGAUCCAGAACGACUGGGGACCACAGCCGAUUUGGCAAGAGACUGAUGAUGGCUACGUUUAUUCUGCAUUCUUGAUCAAAGCAACAGAAGUCAAAGCAAUUGCUCUCCAAAACAAAGCAGGAAAGACACCCAGAACCUGCUACCUUUGGUAUGAAGGUAACAUGACUACUGUAGUUGGUAAAUUUAAGUCAUCAAGAUUAUCUUGGAACCACACAGCAAAUACUCUAGUGCCUUAUUUUUAUUAUUGUGCAUUCACAAAUUUGGAAACAGUUCCUUAUGCAGUUUCAUUUUCUUCCAAAGCAAAACAGGAGGAAGACAUGCCAAAAACAUUGCUCACUAAUAAUUUCUUCAACAAGUUGAAUGAUGAUGUUAUAGCUUGUAUAUCUCCUUCCUUUUUUGAUAAGAAUAUGUUCAUGGAGUUCAUUAGCUUUCAUAAAAUGAUAGGCAUUAAUACAUUCCUGUUUUAUGAUAGAUCUAUUCCAUAUAGGUUGUCAAAGUUGUUAAAGGCUCUUUCACAUAGACUUGAAAUCAACACUACCUUUUUACCAUGGAACUAUCCAAAGAGUGAUAGCUCUCUUACAAGAAUGCUUGUUGAAAAUGAUUGUUUGUUACGUACAUAUGGACACACCAAAUAUGUGGUUACUUUAGAAUUGAAUGAAUAUAUCAUUCCCUCAGAAACUUCUAGUCUCAUUGAUACAAUUAAAAUUUCUGAAAACCACUUCAAAUUACCCUUGAAAUCAUUUUGCAUCAACAGUUUGACAGUUAAUAAGCCUAUUGCUCUGCAAAAUUAUGAGUUCAUCAAUGAUAUUAGUUAUAAUAAAGUUAUAAACAUAUUUAAGAGUGCUUCCUGGAAUACAAAUGAUGAUUCUAGUAGUAGUAUUUCUGAGAGAAUGUCAAUUCAUAAGUAUAUUACCUGUAGUGAUAACUAUUUAACAACUGUUACUGAUUAUAGUAUGAAUAGAUUUUCCACAGACUUCAUCAGAACAACUUUAGUACAAUUGCUAUUGAAUGGACAAAUUUAA